AUGGCGGAACAACAGAAAACCACUUUACUUUCACGGCGGGAUACGAUAAUAGCCGCUUUGCAACGAACAGAAACGUUUGUAGCUGAAUAUAAUGAGGAGCGCGAUAAGCUGCAAAUUCCCCUGAGAAUUCAAUAUUUGGACAAUAUGUGGGCGACGCUGGAAAGUGUGCAAGGACAAUUGGAGGAUAUGGAAGCAUCUUCUGAGGACAGACAGUUACUAGCCGAUGCUCGCGCCAGUUUCGAACCACGGUUUUUUGCGACGAAGGCCAAUCUUAUUUCAAAAUUACCCACUUCUGGUUCAAACAAUUCGCGUACGCCCGUUUCUGCUGCCUUGUCAGGAAUAAAGUUACCUACAAUCACCCUCCCCGAGUUUGACGGAGAUUAUAAUCAAUGGUUGGCAUUCCAUGACACAUUUUUAGCCCUCAUUCAUUCCAAUCAAGAAGUUCCUGCAAUCCAGAAAUUCCACUACCUGAAAGCUGCUGUUAAAGGAGAGGCAGCACAAUUGAUUGAGUCUAUUGCGAUCAGCUCAGGAAAUUAUCAGUUGGCAUGGGAUACGCUGAUAAGUCGCUAUGCAAACGAGUAUCUGUUAAAAAAGCGUCACUUGCAAGCUUUAUUUGACAUACCUUCCAUGGAAAUAGAAACAGCUGCCACCUUGCAUUGGCUAAUUGACGAAUUUCAACGCCAUGUUAAAAUUUUGCAUCAGUUGGGAGAGCCAACAGAACUAUGGAGCAGUAUGUUGGAGCAUUUGCUUUGUUCGCGCCUUCAUGAUGACUCUCUCAAGACAUGGGAAGAUCAUGCUUCAACAUUAAGUCAUCCAAACUACGAAUGUUUAGUAGAGUUUUUACAACGACGUGUAAGAGUGCUAGAAUCGAUCGCUGUCAACCAUCAUAUAUCUCCAUCCAGUGCGUAUGUGCCAGUUUGUCCAGUACAGUGUCAUGCAACUAGUGCUUCCAGUAGCACUGAUCGUUGUCCGGCGUGCAACCAGCCGCAUUCGCUAAUUCGUUGUGAUAUGUUCCAUCGCUUAUCCACAGUUGAACGACAACAAUUUGCAUACUCAAAACGUUUGUGCAACAAUUGCUUAAGAGUCGGUCAUAUUGCGAGAAAUUGCACCUCGGAAUUCAGUUGUAGAAAAUGCUAUCGUCGCCAUAACACUUUACUGCAUCCGGACGCCAUCGAGAGCCAAAGAACAAGUGAAACUUCAGUGCAUUUUGUUGCAGAAAAUACGAUGCUACAACCAAUCGAAUCGACUACACAAGCCACAAACAUCGUUACAGAAUCAACCCCAAGCAUCGCGAUUAGUGCAUCAACGCAAAAUCAAGCUGAAAGUGUUUUUCUCAUGACAGCCAUUGUUUCAAUUGUCGAUGCUCAUGGUCAAUCGCAUUCGGCUCGUGCAUUAUUAGAUAGCGCAUCACAGCCUAAUCUAAUUUCUGAAAGGCUGGCGCGUAUUCUGCAGUUAAAAAAGAAAAGGGCCAACGUCACAAUACAAGGUGCGGGUAAUCUAUCGAAAACCUUAAGUGCUUCAGUUGCUACGAAGGUCAAAUCGAGAAGAAACUCAUUUUCAUGUGAUGCUGACUUUCUUGUCAUGGACCAUGUCACGGCUAACCUUCCGAGUAACGACGUAUCAAUCGCAGAUUGGAAAAUUCCAAACGAUGUGUUUUUAGCAGAUUCAACAUUCAACAGUAGUAAACCCAUCGACUUAGUUCUUGGUGCCAAGCAUUUUUGCUCGUUUUUUCCCACUGCAGCACGUAUGGAACUGGAUGCGAAUUUGCCAUUAUUAGUUGAAAGUGUGUUUGGCUGGGUGGUAACUGGCGCCGCCAAAAAUCUCAAUUCCAACGCAAUUCGAUCGUUACCAGCUGCUAACAAUUCCUUGGUGUAUUCACAACCGGACAACUUAGAGGCAUUUGCUUUUGAAUUUAAUAAUUCAAGGGGGCCGGGAUGUUGCAUCUGA